AGCCGUAUUCCUGUGUUGAGUGCGGGAAAUGUUUCACAAAGAAAUCAGAACUUGUUAUACAUCAAAGAUCUCACACAGGGGGAAAAGCCGUAUUCCUCUGUUGAGUGCGGGAAAUGUUUUCCCAAAGAAAUCAGAACUUGUUAUCCAUCAAAGAUCUCACACGGGGGGAAAAGCCGUAUUCCUGUUCUGAGUGCGGGAAAUGUUUCACAAAGAAAUCAGAACUUGUUAUCCAUCAAAGAUCUCACACAGGGGGGGAAGCCGUAUUCCUGUGUUGAGUGCGGGAAAUGUUUCACAAAGAAAUCAGAACUUGUUAUCCAUCAAAGAUCUCACACAGGGGGGAAAGCCGUAUUCCUGUGUUGAGUGCGGGAAAUGUUUCCCAAAGAAAUC